AUGGAUUUCUCACGGGAGUUGGCGGACCAGCCAUCGCCAUGGCCCUUGUCCGGCAAUGGGAACGGACCACUGCUUUACAAUGCGACAGCAGCGAUCGAACAAAGUGAAGAUUUCCAGGCUUUUUCGCUCACUGGCAUUGACGAAGUCACCCCGCCGCCUUUAAGAUCGACGCCUGGCAGUCAUAACACUGAUACGGGACCACAGCAGGCGCUUCCUGAUGCACCAAAUCACGACUCCCAGGCAAUUGACCAAAGCAGCCCCUUGCUUGCCUUCCGUAGAGAUGAUCAUAGGACACUGGAUACUUACAAUAGCUUGGGUCAACCGAGAAAUCUCACCAUCGCGGCGCAUUUGUCAGGAAAUUUCUCCGUUUCACGGAACGCACACGGUGAAACCCAGAACUUGGUUUGCUAUCGCAGAAAUCUUUUUCACGUUGAUGGGAGCAUUUUAGUCCCUGGUGACGUCGACCUCAUAUCAGCUGGUGCCGGCCAAUCCCAGAUAAAUAAAAUGUAUGCGGAGUUGGUAGCCUUUUCCAGCCCGAACAGAGAACAAGUCAAAAUCGUCGCGCUGCCUCGCACACCGCGAGCAGCUACGAAUUUGGAGUUACAGAGCCCACUGCCAAAACAGCUGGAUUUCCGACACGCUGCGAGGCCGUCGAACCUUCACACAUUUAGGCUUGAUUGGCCGAGGCUUCAGUUCCGCACCGCAACGAGCAAAGCUGGUGGAAUGAAACACCGCAGGAAACAAAAUUUCUUCCAUAUCAGUAUCAAGGUAAAAGCCUUGACGGAAAGUGGAACGGUUGUUACUCUUUGCGAAGCAAGCACACCUCCGAUAGUAGUACGAGGAAGAUCGCCCAAGAAUUUUCGGACUUCCCCGGAAAUCCCGUCGACUACUCGGGGGCCAACAGAACGGAAUGAGCUCCCUACCAGACCGGAGGCCACAAUCCCUCAUUUUGCGAGUCCGGAACUCUCAUUAGUUUUGCCAGAUCAUGUACAAGUGUCAGGCGACACAAUGUAUACUGAACACCAGAUCCCAGGAAUACAUCCAGAUGUAGGGUUCAUGGAGCAUCAUUCAUACGUUCCUGACAAUGCAGAACCAGAAGCGCUGCCGCCGAAUAUAUCUACCAAUAUGGUUGAUGGAGCAAAAUCUUCCACAUUACUUUUUGAUAAGACAGCUCAGGCUUAUAGCAGCAGUUUCCCUUCUACCUCCGCCGACUGUGCUAGCUUUGAGGACCACGAACGUGCCACACAGAAGAAUCCAUUCUAUCGGUAUAUACCAUUGGCCGCAGAUGACCGAACCCCAGCCGUGCAAGCUGUCUAUCAACCUCAUUACGUGCAUCACAAGAUUUCCACACCUACAGAGCCCUUAAGUUUUAAUAAGCGUUACUUCGGUGAACCACUCAAUGCCAAAUCUUCAUAG